UCAAUUAUAUAGCUUUCACAGAACAAGUUAGUUCUAGGUUUUAUUCUACUUGGUAGUACUGUCAGUAUCAUAGAUUUUUCGAAGUUCUAAUCUUUUCCUCCGAUCUGAACUACUCCAUGCUUCAGGUGAACGUACCUCGUAUAUUGUCCCUUCCCGCUAUAAAUUUGAAUUGGACCAACGAAGUUUCCCUCGCCUUCCUGCUCUCCCUUUCUUGCCAAUCAGUUUUACAGGCACGGCGUGCCGGUGCCAAUCUUGCCAAACCGACAUCUACAGUACCACUACUGGUAGCAUCUGCGGCAGCAGAAGCAUUUUGACGGGACUGACAACAACGAUUCUUAAUAGCUCAACACUCCAAUGCUGCUGUUGGUACCAAUUACUAGUGGUAGGCACCUGCUUGUAAAUAACAAUCCAUCCAUUCACCUACUGUCCCAUAGCUGUUCGGAUGUUGUAGUCACAUCGUAGCUGUUCAGUCUGCGGUGGUUUCGAUUUCGACAGCGUCGUCGACAGUUCGGUCCGAUUCGUUGAAAUUUCUAGUGAGAUAAUUUGAGAUUAUUAUAGGCGAUGUUGGGCGAAUUCCUGUAUGGAAUCGCGACUCCGAGGCUGCUAGUCGAUUCGAGGUAGUUGAAUAAAUUUUCGUCAACUCAUAAAUAACACCUCUCAGCAAUUAAUUCGUCGGCACGAGCCGCACAAUCGGUUCGGCCGCCUGCCAAACGAACGGCGAUAGAGACUACUGCUGCUGGUAGACUACUGUGCACAUUUAAAGCUGAAAAUCGUGUGCCAACCACAGGCUAUCGGGCUAGCAAUCUUGAUCCGGCCCUGAACGCCCUUUGUCCUGCGAUCAAGCAGAAGCAAUAAGCAACAGUAACUACAGUUAGCACAAUAGCGUCCAUCUGCCAAGCUAACGCAGCAGUGGAGCAGUUGCCGGGCAGCCUUGUCGUGUACACAUACUUGUAUAUAUUAUAUCAAUAUAUAUAUUAAUAUGUUUGUGUAUGUAUGAUUCGUUUGUGUCGUCGCGGCGGUCACUUCCCCAAAUCUCAGAUGGUGUACAUAGAUUCCUUGAGUUAUUGUGUUUGUGUAUGAGCCAUACUGGCAUAGUGUAUACAUCUGAUUUGAUUCGUAAAGUAGCUUUGCAUAGUCUUGGUGUUUUCGGCGCUCAUUCGUCGGUUCGUGCUGUUAUCCCCCACCCCCUUCGUGUAAACUGUUACUGUUUGGCGCCUGAAUUAGUGAUCUAACGGACUCAUAACAAUUUCCACUUGGUUGCCACGAUGACGACAACCGUAUCUUAUCUAUGUGAAGAGCAAUUACCCUGAGGGAUAACAUCCCUACACAAUGGAUCCACACCUAUUGGCUGCCGGGAUUAUGCCGACGUUUCCGGCAGGAGUACCAGCCUUCGUCGGGUUCAAUCCCGCCGCGGCACCAGCGUACCCACAAGUGCCGUCCGCUCCGGUCCAAAUACCUCUUCCUGGUGAUGCACCUACUAACGUUGUGGCGGCGCCAACAUCAGUAGCAGCUGCUGUAGCCGCAGGAUCUCCCGCGAAUCCAACGGAGGCUCCAUUACCUCCAGCAACACCUUCGGUCGGCGCGAGUGAUACCACUCAAACUGGCAAUACAGCUCAGUGUGACUGGACAGAACAUACUUCGCCAGAUGGCCGAAUAUACUAUUAUAAUUCAGUAACGAGAAAGUCAUCGUGGGACAAACCGGAUGAGUUGAAAUCAUCAACCGAGCUUCUUCUCUCGCGAUGUCCUUGGAAAGAGUACAAAUCGGAGUCUGGCCGACUGUAUUAUUACAAUGCCGAAACUAAAGAGAGCAAAUGGUCCAUUCCUAAAGAACUCGAGGACAUCCGACGUCUUCUCGAAAUGGAAGGAAAGGUCAAAACGGCUGUCAGACUCGAGCUCCCUAAUUCUGCGUCGGGAACGCCAACAAUUAAUUCCCCGGUCGCAUCAGUUGAACAGCCGCCCAUUGAUGAGGCAUCGCGCACGUCUUUUGCACCGGACGAUGACUCACAAUCGAACCAAGAUGGCGCAGUCGUAAAGUUGGAAUACAAGGAUAAGAGAGAAAUGGCGGAUGCGUUUCGAGUUCUCCUCCGAGAACGUAAUGUGGCAAGUAAUGCAUCGUGGGAAAAUGCCGUUAAAGCUAUUUCACAAGAUCCCCGCUAUGCAGCUCUAAAAAAAUUGCCGGAUCGCAAACAGAUUUUUAAUUUAUAUAAAACACAACGCGCUAAGGAAGAGAAAGAAGAGCAACGAAUGAAAAUUCGAAAGGCCAAGGAGGAUCUUGAACAAUUUUUGCUAAACUCGCCACAGCUCAAUAUGAAUGUCAGGUACAAAAAAGCGUAUGAGCUCUUCGGACAUCUACCUGUUUGGACGGCAGUUGGCGAUCGGGAACGUAAAGAACUAUACGAUGAUAUCAUGACUAUUGUAACCAAACGUGACAAAGAAGCCCAGCGAGCGUUACGUAAGAAGAACAUGGCUACUCUUGCGGACAUUCUCGACGCAAUGGCAGAAGUUACCCACAGGACAACGUGGCAAGAAGCACAACAACUGCUAUUAGAUAAUCCUACUUUUGCGGAAGACGCCGAGCUGCUAGGCAUGGACAAAGAGGAUGCUUUGACAAUUUUCGAGGAUCAUAUCCGAGAGCUUGAAAAAGAGCAUGAAGCUGAGCGAGAGCGUGAGAAAAAGGUGCUAAAAAGGAGUCAACGGAAGGCCCGUGAGGGCUUUCAGGCCCUCUUGGCUGAUUUGCAUGACAAAGGCAAACUCACAUCAAUGUCAUUGUGGAGCGAACUGUAUCCGGUCAUUCGUAGCGAUCCUAGAUUCAACAAUAUGCUUGGCCAACCUGGUUCAACGCCGCUCGACCUUUUUAAAUUUUUCGUUGCUGAGCUCAAAGAUCGGCUCAUUGAUGAGAAGAAGAUAAUUAAGGAGAUAUUGCGGGAGAAAAAUUUCACCGUAGAAGUUGAUACACAGUUUGAGCAGUUUGUCACGGUGAUAUCAGAAGAUAAACGCAGCGCGACUUUGGACGCUGGCAAUGUAAAGCUGACGUAUACAGCCCUCAUGGAAAAGGCAGCUGCCAGGGAAAAGGAAAGACUGAGAGAGGAACAGCGAAAGGUGAAACGAGCGGAAGCAGCUUUCAGGUCUAUAUUACGAAAUCUGAGUCCACCCGUAGAAUACGAUUCUUCGUACGAUAAGAUCCGGCCUUUGAUUGAAUCCCAUCCCGAUUUCAACGGUCUCUUGCUUGAAUCCGAACGUGUGCGGGUAUUUAAAGAAUAUACAACUGCCUUAGAGGAGGCGUGCAGUCAUCAUCACGGCCGCAGCAAGAAAAGUAAAAAGAACACAAAGCACAAACGCAAUCGUUCAUCGUCGCGGUCUUCAGUAACGUCGAUUAGCAGUAGUUCCGGUGGUUCAUCACGAAAGAAGAAAAAGAAAAAGAAAAGCCGAUACCAAUCCCGAAGUCCCUCCCCAUCGCUCAAGAAAAGUCGAUACUUGGAAGCAAGCCCUUCACCAUCGAAGCGAUUUUCCCCCGUAGAGGACGAAAGUGAAAGCGGCUAUAAAGCUUCGGAGAAAUAUAGGCAUUACCGUGAGGCCACUCCGGAGGAAGGUGAAGUUACACACAGCAGACGAGGCCAUGCUGUCAGAGCGAGAAUUGGAAGACCGACGUAGAGAACUCCUUGCUCAGCUGCAUUCGGGAGCCACCGAAGACGUAUCUGAUUAAUGAUUGCCUAAAAAUUUCAACAAUAAGCCCUCAUAGGCAUGAAACAUCGGUUUCAGUAUUUAUGUCUGCACGCUUAACAAUGGCCAACCCUUACUGGAAACGUUUUGCGCCAUUGCAGCCGUUCAACGGACAACAUUGCUCGUGAUAACUUCGUGUAGAAGUUCGUGUAGAACACAGGAAACUCGCCUAUAAGUUAAUCAUCAGAGGUAAGACUUCUGGGAACAGGUCUACUGGUUGUUUUAACAGAAGCUAACCUGUUCCAAGGAGCCUUAGCAGGAGAAAGACCGCCGUGACAAAACGGGAAAGCUGAUACCAACUUGCAUAGAAAAACACCUUUAACUUUGAGCAAGCGUAAGCUCCAAGAAACAGUUCGCUUUGAAAACGAACUUUACUAACAAAACAUAAGAACAAGAAAUUUGACGAAAUUAAGGGGAGGCCCUCAGCCAUGCCGAAGUAUACGAUACUACGACCAUUGAACCCUUGGGUCUAACUCCUAAACAGUUUACUCCGUUUACAACUACGCCGAGCAUGAACUGGCCCUCAGCUGGCGCCAUUUUCUAGAAAAUGGAAACAACAACAACAACAACAAGGCUGGAAAAAGAUGCACUUCUUCCAUUCUAGUUGUUAGAAGAAAUACUUUCAAAUUAUAUCGCUCUAAUUAAGAUUGCAUAAGCACACUGAAUUACAGGCACACAAACUUGUGAAAACAUUAACGCACGCACACCUGAAAUAACAGACAGAAAUAGUGUUGAAAUGCAUAAAGUUUAUGCAAGCGUAUCAAGAUAAGGACGAUGGCAAGCUUGAUCAGCUAUGUGUAUACAGAUACGACAAAAAUUAGGGACGACAGAGUAUAUAUAGAGGAAAAAAGACUUUGCGGCGGAGACCUCAGAGAUACCGUAAUUGAAGAGAAACUGUAUGUGGGUACGUGGAGGCUGAUGAAGGGUAUAAGAGAGAACGAAUCAGUUUAAGUGAGUGAUAGAUAAUGAUAUCAGCAAAAAAAA